AUGAACACCAUCAAUGCGCCCACUUCAUCUAAACAACGACGCAUCACACGUCUAGCUGUCGACACGGCCGUCAAAGAGACGCUCACGAUUCGCAUCACAAAGUUGCCGCCAGGGCGGGAGGGCACAAGCACGCGCGAGGGCACGAGCGAGCACCCCAAUCACCACAUUCCCUUGCUGCCGUCUCUGCCUGGUGUGAAAAACAAGGGUCAGCAUAAGAACUUGCAACAGGGAAAGAGGCGCAAGGUGGAUGCGGCGCCACAGACAACCAACGCAUACACGCAGAUUUGUCUCAUUUGGGGGUAUUGA